UCCCACAUUAUUCCAUCCCACCUCUUGAAUUUACACCACACACGGGAUACUUAGUUAAACAUAUCAGACAGCUGGGAAUGCUUGGGGUAAAUCAUGGAUAUGGUGCAGGACGUCCAUAAUUUCCCUGAUCUUUUUGUUAAUUUCACUGAAUUCUAUGGCAGGAAGGUGGAAUGAGAUGGUCCCUGAGGUCCUUUCCAGCCCUGUGGGCAUGGUGGGAUAUGGUCAGAUCUCAAUUUCCUUGCAGUCUGGGAGGAUGGAUACGCUGAGGAACCGGACAGUGGAGGAGCUGCGGGAGCUGCAGGAGGAUUCCCAGGAGAUCGAGCGCUUGGCUUUGGAAUCCCAGGAGGUCCAGGAGCUCCAGCUGGAAAGGGAGAUGGCCCUGGCUGCCAACCGGAGCUUGGCCGAGCAGAACCUGAAAUUCCAGGCACCGCUGGAGAUGGGGCGCAGUGACCUCUCCAAGAAAUACCAGGAGCUGCAGGAGCUGGCUGGGAGGUGCAGAGAGCAGAAGGAAAAGCUGGAGAAAUUCUCGGCAGCGCUGCAGCCUCAGACGUUGCUGGAUCUCCUCCAGGUGGAAAGCCAGAAGAUUGAAGAGGAGUCUGAGAAAAUGGCUGAGAAAUUCCUGGAGGGGGAAGUGCCCCUGGAGACAUUCCUGGAGCAGUUUUCGGGGAUGAGGAAGUUGUCCCACCUGCGCCGGGUCCGAGUGGAAAAGCUGCAGGAGAUCGUGAGGAAGUCAGAGGGAUCCCAGGAGCGCACCAGGGACUCUCAGCCUCCUCUUCCUCCUCCUCCUCACAUUCCCACAGAUCCACCAAAACCCUUCCCAUCAGGAUCUCCGGCCUUCCCUCUACCCUACAGCCCGGCUCCGACCCUCCCUCCUGGCCCCACUGCCCAUGGAGCGCUUCCUCCUGCCCCUUUCCCAGGAUCCCCAGUCGCCGUGGGACACGCGGCUUCCUCCCAGCCCAGCUCCCAGACCUCCUUUCCCUACCCUCUUGCUCCAGCUCCCGGAUAUCCAGCAGCUUCCACUGCUGACUCUGCACCAGGGUAUCCCAAAUCCACCUCCGGAGGCUUUUCCUGGUCUCCAUCCCGGGGCCCACCACAGCCCUUGCCCUAUCCUGCUCCCCAACCCUCUCCUCCCCCUGCCAGACCAGGAUACUCUCCCUACAUCCCACCUGGACCAGGGAGACCGCAGUGUCCAUACCCCACUCAGCCCCCUCUCCCGAAUUUCCCGAUCCCAACACAGGCUCCCUAUCCCGGGCCUCCCCCACCCUUUGGAUACCCCCCACCUCCAAACCCUCAGCGUCCUACCUGGCCUGGAUACUAAUCCAGGACUUCUGAGGAGCAUCCUGUGCUGAUUCCUCCUUUUUUUUGGGACUGAGGAAGAGGAGGGAUUCCAGAGUGUUGCUCCUGGAUCCGUCGGUGCAAAGGAAUUACAUGGGAUAAGUAACAGCUCCGGAGGUCGGAGUGAGAGGCAGAGCCAGACCAGCAGAAAUCCGAAGAGGAGAAACCUCCAGGGAAACCUUGGAGCACCUUCCAGUGCCUAGAGGGGCUCCAAAAGAACUGGACAAGGACUUGGACAAAGACUUGGAGUGAUGGGAUAACGGGGAAUGGUUUCACCCUGUCAAAGGGUGGGUUUAGGUGGGAUUUUGGGAAGAAAUUCUUCCCUGUGGUGGUGAUGAGACCCUGGAAUAGAUUUCCUAGGGAAGUCAUGGCAGCUCCAUCCCUGGAAAUAUCUGAGGCCAGGUUGGACAGGGCUUGGAGCAAGUGGAAAGGGAUUGGAAGUGGCUGAUCCCUAAGAUCCCCUUUCACCCAAACCAUUCCAGGGCUGUCAGUGGGAGUUGGUGAUUCCCACCUGGGCCUGGGCAGCCUCCAGUAUUCCCGACCUCCCGUGUGGUUUUUCGGGCUCCUCACAUCUCCCUUCUCAGGAAACACUUGGAAACGGAGGGAAUGACAAACGAUGGAAACGGGAUUUGCUUUGCUCAGCACUUUAUCCUUCAAAUCCUGCCUGUAUCCCUUUAAGUUAUUUAUAAGGAAUGGUUACUAAUGGACUAGGAUGAGGGAUUGGUGGAAGCAAUUCCAUCCCUGGGAUUAAUUAGAGUAAUAAAAGUGGAUGAAUUAAUUGCA